AUGGAAUUACCAAGGUAUGUGGUGUUCAAAUCAAAAUAUAACAACAAGUGCUUGCGGUACAUCCAUGAAGAUGGGGAGAUUCAUGGAUUUCUCCAAUUCUCGGGAGAGGAGGUGAUGACCCCCUACUCAAAGUACCACGUGGAGAUGGCAAAGAAUGGCAAGGGACUAGUGCACAUAAGAUGCUGCUACAACAACAAAUACUGGGUAAGGUGGUCCGAGAACCACUGGUGGAUUGUUGCCGGGGCCGACGAAACAGAUGAAGACCAAUCGUUAUGGACAUGUACCUUGUUCGAGCCUGUCUACGUGGAUGGCGAUGCUCAAACACUCCGAUUUCGCCACGUCCAGCUUGGACACUAUGCAUGCUUAUGGAGGCUUCCACCUCCUUAUGGUUCUUGUUUGUUUGCAGGAUCAGCUUCGCCUGACAAGGACCUCUACGAUGUCUUUACAAUCAUUGAUUGGGAAUCACUAUUGAUAUUGCCAAAACAUAUCGCCUUCAAGGGCGAUAAUGACUACUACCUCAGUGCCCGGACGAUCGAGGGACGCCCAUAUCUGGAGUUCGCAUCAACUGACAUUGGAGAUCCGACUGUGGGGAACGAGGUCUUCACCACUCAGGAUGGAAGCGCCCGCAUAAAGUCAGAUUACUUCGGCAGAUUCUGGAGGCGCAGCCCUAACUGGAUAUUGGCUGACUCCGAUGAUUCCACCAACAACAACUCCAAUACCUUGUUUUGGCCCGUUAGAGUUGACAAAAAUGUGGUCGCUCUCCGCAACUUAGGUAACAACAAUUUCUGUAAGAGACUCACCACCGAGGGCAAGACCAGCUGUCUCAAUGCCGGGGUCUCCACAAUUUCCAGAGAGGCACGCCUAGAGGUGGCAGAGCUUGUUUUAUCAAGAAACAUCUAUAAUGUCAAUUUUCGUCUCAUGGACGCUAGGAUCUACGACCAGAGAGUGAUCGUGAUGACCACCGGAGGAGCCAUUAACAUGACCCAAGAACCGCACACUCAACAGGUGAAGCUCUCAUAUACAGAGACAAAUAGCCGUACUUGGAAAGGCAGCGUCUCAUUGAAGUCGGGUGUCAAAAUCACCAUAGAAAGCGGCGUUCCAUUCAUCGCUGACGGAAAGUUAGAAGUUUCAUCCGAGUUUAGCGGUACCGGUACAUAUGAGUGGGGAGAAACUGAAUCACUGACAACAGCAAAGGAGACAGUGUAUAGUGUUACUGUGCCGGCGAGGACUAGGGUGACCAUAAGCAUGAUAGCAACACAGGGUUCGUGCGACGUCCCUUUCUCGUACACUCAGCGAGACACUUUGACCGACGGGAAAAAUGUUGUUUACAAUAUGGAUGAUGGUGUUUAUGUUGGUGUGAAUUGCUUCAACGUCGAGUACCAGACCAAAGAAGAAAAGCUGUGA